AUGGCGGCGGAGGCUGUUCCAUGCGGAGAUGCAGUACAUGCAAAUUCAGUUGAGGGAAUAUUUCAUUCACUGACUUAUGGGCCUGCACCAGAAAAUGACGAUAUUGUAAAGGCAUGGCUUGAUAAGCAUAACAGGUCAUUUGGUCAUUUUAUUGAUGGACAAUGGUUCAAACCAGAAGGGCGGAAAACUUUUGCAAGUAAAAAUCCUGCUACAGGUGAAGUUCUUGCAACCACAACACAAGGUGAGCAAGAAGAUGCUGAAAGGGCAGUACAAUCUUCCAGAAAAGCAUUCAAGUCUUGGAGUGCUCUAUCUUCACAUGUGCGAGCACGUUACUUAUAUAGUAUUGCAAGAAAUAUUCAAAAACAUCAGAAACUUUUUGCUGUGUUGGAAAGCAUAGAUAAUGGGAAGCCUAUGCGAGAGACAAGAGACUACGACAUUCCCACUGUCAUCAAUCAUGUCUAUCAUCAUGCAGGUUGGGCUCAGUUAAGAGAUACAGAGAUGAAAGGAUGGAAACCUCUUGGUGUUGUCUGUGGUAUUGUACCAUGGAACUUUCCUUUAAUGAUUCUCAUGUGGAAAGUCUGUCCUGCCCUUGCUAUGGGUAACACUGUUAUUCUCAAGCCAGCUUCUUACACUCGCCUCAGUUGUUUGCUGCUAGCUGAAGUGUGUGCUCAAGCUGGAUUGCCUCCAGGAGUUUUCAAUGUAGUUACAGGAAAUGGAGCAUUUGGAAGUAAAGUUGCUGAACAUCCAGACGUUGAUAAAGUGGCCUUCACAGGAUCAACUGGAGUUGGACAAACUUUACGUAGAUUAACUGCAGGAAGUGGCAAAAAGAUUUCCUUGGAGCUGGGUGGAAAGUCUCCUGUUGUUGUGUUUGAAAAUUCUGAUAUUGACAGUGUUAUUGAAGGGAUUGUUGAUGCCAUCUGGUUUAAUCAGGGACAGGUUUGCUGUGCUGGUUCUAAAUUGCUUGUCCAAGAAUCCAUUUAUGAAAAAGUAAUAAGAAAACUAGUACAACGUUUGAGCCAUUUCAGGGUUGGUUGUGGUCAAGAUAAGGCUAUCGAUAUGGGGGCUAUUGUAGAUGAAUCACAGAGGAAAACAAUUGAUCAGUACGUUGAAGAGGCAAGAGCAGAGGGAGCAGAGGUCUACCAACCUGCUAUACAAAUGCCAAAAACUGGUUGUUUUUACCCACCUACAUUAAUUACUAAUGUUCAGACUGUUUCUAAAGUUGUUGAAGAAGAAAUCUUUGGGCCUGUACUCGUGGCUCUCUCAUUUCGAACAGCCAAAGAAGCCAUAAAUCUUGCAAACAACACUAUUUAUGGUUUAGGUGCCAGUGUUUGGUCUGAAAGUUCGGCUCUAGCUUUAGAAGUAGCCACCAGCAUUAAAGCUGGUACAGUAUGGAUAAAUUGCCACAAUGUUUUUGAUGCUGCUGCUGGCUUUGGAGGUUAUAAACAGAGUGGUUAUGGACGAGAUGGUGGCAAAGAGGGUUUGUAUGAAUAUGUUCAGCCAGCCUGGAUGUCCAAGCCACACCUCCCAUCACUAGAAGUUAACAUGAAAACAUUUGGAACUGCUGAAUUUACUCAUUCAAUGCCAGGAAAUGAGCAGAUAGAUUUUCAGCAAAAUGAAACUAACAAACCAUGUGUUGAUCACACUUACAAGUUAUAUUAUGGAGGUGCUCAAAAACGUCCAGAUAGCCAAGCUUCUCGAACAAUAUUCAGUCCUCAAGGUGAAGUGGUUGGCCUUGUAGCAGAAGGUAAUAGAAAAGAUGUAAGAAAUGCAGUGGAAAUUGCCCAAAAGACAGCAUCAGGAUGGGCAAAGAAGACAUCCCGUCUUCGAUCACAGAUAAUGUACUACAUUGCUGAAAACUUGGAAUUACGCCGUGAUGAAAAUGCCCAGCUUUUACACAAAAUGACCAAUAGAAAUUAUGAAAAUUGCCUUGAAGAAGUUGACCUAUCAGUUGAGCGAUUAUUUUAUUGGGCAGCCUAUUGUGAUAAAUAUGGCGGCACCGUUCAGGAAACUACUUUGUAUGGUUUAACAGUGAAACUCCAUGAACCAGUUGGAGUUGUUGGCAUUGCUUGUCCUGAUGAAAAUCCACUGCUUAGCUUUAUUUCCUUAUUUGCUCCUGCUGUAGCUCGUGGUAAUGUAGUUGUGAUCAUUCCAAGUCAAAAAUAUCCACUGGCUGCUGUAAAUAUGUAUCAGAUUUUUGAUACUUCUGAUGUUCCUGGCGGUGUAAUCAAUGUUUUAACUGGUGAUCGUGAUCACCUCACAAAGUAUUUGACUGAGCAUCAAGACCUGCAGGCCAUGUGGUAUUUUGGAUCAGCUGAGGGCUCCAAAUUUGUAGAGUACACUUCAGCUGACAAUUGCAAAAGAACAUUUGUGAAUUAUGGACAAAUUAGAGAUUGGACCAAAGCUGACCAAGGCCAAGGAGAGGAGUUCAUAUAUCAUGCAACACAAUGUAAAAAUAUCUGGCUCCCUAUGGGGGAUAUUUUUGCAAACUAA